GCAAGAUGGUUUUAAGAGCACGAGGCGAUUUCAAAUUGCAUCACAAGCGCAUUGACACAUAAAAACGCGCCACUCGUCGUUGUUUAGUAAUGAUCUUUUAUCAGUUGUACAUCCUCAACAAAGAAGAGGGGAUUACUGAGCAACGUUCAUGUCUCAACAUGCAAUAACCCUCUACUGUGAAAGUGUGUCGUCUUUUGCGAGGGAGUGUACGGAGCUCGAGUUUAACACAGCAGACUCGCGUCUAUCUUGAGUUUGAUUGUGACUCGUUUGCGUCUUCAAAAUGAAGAGGAGGCAAAAGCGCGUUCUGCAGAUGGUAUUUUUGUUUAUGGUGGCUUUAAUUUUUCUGCCAAAUGUCGGCCUUUGGUCAAUGUACAGAGAGAAGAGCCUUAUGAAGUCGCAUGAGCCUGGAGAACAGGGCUUCCCACUGGGCUUAAAUGAUGGUCACAUUUAUACCUGGACAGACGGUUUGAGAAGAAGAGACUGGCACGAUAACGAGAGCAUUCGGCGAGAUGAACAACGUGUUGGAAAAGGGGAGCAUGGGAAACCAUUCCCGCUCACAGAGGACGAGUGUGAUGACUCAGUGUACAAAGAGAACGGCUUCAACAUCUACAUCAGCAACAAUAUUGCUCUGGACCGCUCCCUUCCUGACAUCAGACAUCCAAACUGUAAGCAGAAGCUGUAUCUUGAAAAGCUCCCAAACACCAGUAUAAUCAUCCCGUUUCAUAAUGAAGGAUGGUCCUCUCUGCUCAGAACCAUCCACAGCAUCACCAACCGCACACCCGACCACCUGAUUGCUGAGAUCAUACUUGUAGAUGAUUACAGUGACAGAGAUCACCUGAAGGCGAAUCUUGAGGAGUACAUGUCCAAGUUUCCUAAGGUGCGUAUCAUGCGCACUAAGAAGCGAGAAGGACUUAUCCGCACGCGGCUACUAGGAGCAAUGAUGGCUAAAGGAGAGGUUCUUACCUUCCUGGACUCGCACUGUGAAGCCAACAUCAACUGGCUGCCACCCCUACUCGACCAGAUUGCCCAGAACCCCAAAACCAUUGUGUGUCCCAUGAUAGACGUGAUUGACCAUAACCACUUCGGGUACGAGGCACAGGCGGGGGAUGCCAUGCGGGGAGCCUUUGACUGGGAGAUGUACUACAAACGCAUUCCCAUCCCACCUGAGCUACAGGGACCAGACCCCAGCGAUCCAUAUGAGUCUCCUGUGAUGGCCGGAGGCUUGUUUGCUGUAAACCGCCAGUGGUUCUGGGAGUUGGGAGGUUAUGACACAGGCCUUGAGAUCUGGGGAGGCGAGCAGUUUGAAAUAUCCUUCAAGGUGUGGAUGUGCGGAGGCAGCAUGUACGAUGUGCCUUGCUCAAGGGUGGGCCACAUCUACAGAAAGUACGUCCCCUACAAAGUGCCCUCAGGGACCAGCCUGGCAAGAAACCUGAAGCGAGUGGCAGAGACUUGGAUGGAUGAGUACACAGAAUACAUCUACCAGCGUCGGCCCGAGUACCGCCACCUCUCCACCGGCGACCUGACCGCUCAGAAGCAACUACGCAAACACCUGAAGUGUAAAGAUUUCAAAUGGUACAUGAACACUGUGGCCUGGGACCUGGCCAGAUAUUAUCCACCUGUGGAGCCACCGCCAGCUGCCUGGGGAAAGAUUCGUAAUGCUGUAUCUGGAUUGUGCGUCGACUCUAAGCACGGCUCUACAGGCACCGAACUGCGCCUGGACACAUGUCUGAAAGAGGGUGCAGAGCGAACAUGGGCACAUGAGCAGAUUUUCACGUUUGGCUGGAGAGAAGAUAUCAGGCCUGGAGAUCCCCAACACACCAGAAAAUUCUGCUUCGAUGCAAUUAGUCAGAACAGCCCUGUCACCCUGUAUGACUGCCAUGGUAUGAAAGGCAACCAGCACUGGAGCUACAGAAAGGAUAAGUCUUUGUACCACCUGGUGAGCAGUGGUUGCAUGGACUGUAGCCCUGGCGAUAAGCGGAUUUUCAUGAACAAGUGUGACCCUCAGUCUGAAACACAGCAGUGGAUCUUCCAGAGGGUCAAUGCCACUGUUCUGGACAAAUUCAACAGUGCCGCCAGCUCUUAGGACCUGGAGUUGUGGUCAGCCAAUCAGCUGGCUCCCACACACACCUCUCACAACCCUUUGUGUGGGCCUGGACAUUCUUAAUGUCUGGCUCUGGGCUCCUCUCAAGGUUCUGCAGCAGACUGAAUGAAUGCAGGCUCUUUAAUGAGAGGACUAGAAACAGAGAGACAUAAGGCUGGUGGAAGGAACACUUCCACACAGAGCACCUUGCUGGUCGAGGAGAAAAUGGGCAGCCCUGACUCCCUCUGUCUGUCCUGUGGGGUUCAACUUGGCCCCGGUCGCUUCCUAUACAUUGGAACACAGAGCAACUUUAGAACUUUAAAAGUGGAGUCCAGUGAAAGAAUGUUCUGUAUCAGUCAUUAAAGAUUGCAUGGUGGAUUUGUACAAUACUAGACACCGGAAAGAGUUUGCUCUCGUUUUUUUUUUUAUUUUAUUUUAUUUAUUUUUUUAUUAUUAUUAUUAUUACUAUUUAUUUUUUUCUCUAGGAUUGUUUUACUGUAUAUUUAUUUGUAUUUAUUUGGUGCCUUUUCCAAAUUUACAUUUUGUGUAUUUCCUUGAUUUUAUCAACUCUUGUACCUGGUAGAGUCAAAAUUGGGGUGAGGCUGUGACCUAAUGAAAUGAGAUAUUUUCUUUUUUCAAUGGGAUGUAUCUUGUUACAGAGUUUCUCGUCUAUAAAUAAAGCAGAAGAUGAGUAGACGUGUUGUUUUUUGGCAGUGUGGUCUGUCUUUACACUGAUAAAGUGAUGCUGAUACACAGCUCAAGUUAUAAAAAGUCUCAAAAG